AUGGUCUAUGUCUUGGCUUUCGCCUCAUCAGAAGAAUCAGAAAAUGGAACCUGUAAACAAACUGGGAAAGAAAAGUGUGAGCCAGGUAUCUUGCUUCCAGUCUGGAGCCCUCACAAUCCAUCAACAGGAGACAAAGCUGCUCGUGCUGUUGUUUAUUUUGUAGCCAUGCUUUACCUCUUCCUGGGAGUUUCCAUCAUUGCUGACCGAUUCAUGGCAUCCAUUGAAGUUAUUACCUCUCAAGAGAAGGAGAUUACUCUUACCAAGCCAAAUGGGGAAACCAGUGUGGCCACUGUCCGAAUAUGGAAUGAAACAGUUUCUAAUCUAACCCUGAUGGCUCUAGGUUCCUCUGCUCCAGAAAUCCUUCUUUCUGUCAUUGAAGUAUGUGGACACAAUUUCCAGGCUGGAGAUCUAGGACCAGGAACAAUUGUGGGUUCUGCUGCCUUUAAUAUGUUUGUCAUUAUCGCCAUUUGUGUCUAUGUCAUACCCAAUGGUGAAACAAGAAAAAUCAAGCACCCAAGAGUUUUUUUUGUCACUGCCACCUGGAGCAUCUUUGCCUACAUAUGGCUGUAUCUCAUUCUUGCUGUUAUUUCCCCAAAUUGUGUUCAGGUCUGGGAGGGACUGGUCACUCUAUUAUUUUUUCCAGCCUGUGUAGUCUUUGCCUGGAUUGCAGACAAACGACUUCUCUUCUACAAAUAUGUUUACAAGAGAUACAGAGCAGAUAAGAGAAGAGGUAUCAUUAUUGAAACAGAGGGUGAAUUUCCCAAAAGCAUUGAGAUGGAUGGAAAACUGGGGUCUGGGGCAGUGGUGGCACCAGAAAUUAAGGACCCAAUAGACCAAGAACUUGAUGAAAGCCGUAAAGAGGUGAUCCGCAUUCUAAAAGAACUAAAGCAGAAGUACCCUGAGCGCGAAUUGGAUCAGCUGGUUGAAAUGGCCAAUUACUAUGCCUUGUUGCACCAACAAAAGAGCAGAGCAUUCUACCGUAUUCAAGCCACACGUAUGAUGAUUGGGGCAGGCAACGUGCUGAAGAAACAUGCAGCUGAUCAUAGCAAGAAGCCAGCUAACCUACAGGAGGUGACUUCUGAAUCUGGGGAAGAAAACACAAGCAAGAUCUUCUUCCAGCCCUGCAAUUACCAGUGUCUAGAGAACUGUGGCUUUGUUACACUUAAUGUUGCCUGCCAAGGAGGAGAUGGCACAAGUACUUUCUAUGUGGACUACAAGACAGAGGAUGGUUCAGCCAAUGCUGGUUCAGACUAUGAAUAUAGUGAAGGAACACUGAUUUUUAAACCUGGCGAGACCCAAAAAGAGAUUAAAAUUGGUAUAAUUGAUGAUGACAUCUUUGAGGAAGAUGAACAUUUCUUUGUACGUCUAAUGAACUUGAGGGUGGGAGAUGCAGAAGGAAUGUUUGAACCAGAUGGGGAAGGACGCCCCAAGGCACGUUUGGUCUCACCACUCAUUGCUACGGUGACUAUUCUGGAUGAUGAUCAUGCUGGAAUAUUUACUUUUGAGGAGAAAUUGGUUCGUGUCAGUGAAAGUGUUGGGGUGCUGGAGGUACGAGUGGUGAGGAACUCUGGGGCAAGAGGGACUGUGAUCAUACCAUAUCGGACAGUAGAGGGCACAGCUCGGGGAGGAGGUAUUGACUUUGAAGAUGCUUAUGGAGAAUUGGAGUUCCAGAAUGAUGAAACUGUGUAA